AUGAGCGCGGUCCGCCUCGACUUCCCCGUCGGCCCCGGCCGAGCGCGCGGUGGAUCCCGGCCGUGGCGACGAGCCGCCGAAGACACGAGGCGGGAGCGAGAGGCGGCGCAGCGCGCGCUCGGCGAGGGAGGAGUCGAUUUGGAGCGCGUGGCGCGUGCGGUGGAGCUUCAAGACUCGCUGGACGUCUCCACCGCCACCGCCUCGGCAGGCUCGGAGCACGAGGCGCUGCAGGCGGCCACCACCCGUCUGCUGCAGGCAGCGACCAACGGCGCUCACGAGGAGGAGCGGCGCCUGCCCGCCUUUGUGAGGGGGCACUACUACGCGCGUUGCGACGAUCGCGCGGAGUCAGCGGCGAACCUCUCGGCCCACUUUGCGCCCGCCGCCGACUUCAUCGGCCGUUCGAGGGCCGAGGGCGGCGUGGUGUUUGUGCAUUGCGGCGCCGGCAUCUCGCGCGCCCCAACCGUGGCGGCGGCCUACGUCAUGCUGGAGCUGGGACUGACCGCAGCCGACGCGAUGAAGCUCGUCCGUGCGCGGCGUACUUGCGCCCGGCCCAACGUUGGCUUUGCAGAGGCGCUGAGGGAGUGGGAAGGUGCGUGCAAAAAGGAGCCGGGCGCAGAGUUGACUCCUCGACAGGGGACGUGCACACCGACAUCGCUGUGA